GUUGCUUUAGUGAUUUUGUGAUGGUGGUGGUCUUUGUAUGUCAAAAAAAAAUGUGAUGUUGUUUCAUCUUUAAAUGUAUUUUAGUGUUUUAAUUUACUAAAAAAUUUAAUUAAUUAGUAUUAAGCGAAACGCCGAACGCUCUCAACUCGAAACGUGAGUGCCAGCCACCCCCACCCGAUUUACAGUAAUCAUUUACAGCACACGUACAGGUGUAAUUCGUUGGAUUUGUCCAAAGCAAAACACUAAAAUGGAUUCUGAAAGUCCUGAAAUAUCAUUCCUCUUCCAAUUCGGUCUCACCAGAGAUAUAGUGACAGUCACCCAGUCUUCACUGAACUUGAAAACUAUCAAGGAUUUAGCUUGUGAUUUUAUAAAUAAUAAGAUUCCUGAUCAUGGAAUAAACCAUCUGAGUGAUAGGAUACUUCUAUUCCGACAUGAAUACAACUCUCAUAAUAUAUUGCAAGUGCUGAAUGCAAUAACAGAUAUUGGAGAUGAAACUUUGGUGGAAAUAGUUUUGACUGGAAAAACACCAUCUGCAAGUAGUAUUCCAGAUAUUACUAUUGUGAGGCCUCACGCGCUGUCCGUGCAUUCGUAUAAGACUCCAACGUUUUGCGAUUUUUGCGGAGAAAUGUUGUUCGGUUUGGUGAGGCAAGGGCUGAAAUGCGAUGGUUGUGGGCAGAAUUAUCACAAGAGAUGUGUAAUUAAAGUUCCAAAUAAUUGCACGUAUACACUUUUGGAGGAGAAGCAGAGGAGACGUUCCAGCAACUUGCAAGUACCUAGGAGUCCGUCGGGUGGAUCCAACUGUUCACAAAUGUCUUCCAAUUCAAUGAUCACAACAAAUAGUACUGAUGAUAACACAUUGGCUCCGAAUCGUUCGCCGUCGUUAGGUGGUGGUGGCGGAGGUACUCUCUCUUGGGCAAAGAAAGAAAUUUCCGGACGUGUUCGUAUACCGCACACGUUCGUACUGCACAGUUACACUCGCCCGACUAUCUGCCAGCACUGCAAGAAACUGCUGAAGGGUUUGUUUAAGCAAGGUUUGCAGUGUAAGGAUUGCAAUUACAAUGCGCACAAGAAGUGCAUUGAGAAAAUACCAAAAGACUGUACCGGAGAGCUGCCAAAAGAACACUUGGAUGCUGGAAGUAACUUAGAUCUAGAGAGUUCGGUGAGCAGCGGAGAUGGAAGUCAAUCAAAUUUACAUUUGACAGAGGACGAGAGCGACACCGAUAAGAUUUCAUGUGAUCUCUUCCAAUUCAAUGGAAGCUCUUACACCGAAGUCUUUCCAGUUCACGAUGACGAUAAAGAUUCGAUUCCUUCCAGUUCUUCCUCAUCCCCAAGUGCUAAUAUUCCUUUACAACGAAUCGUUCAGUCUGUGAAACAUACAAAGAGGAGAGGUUCGAAAAUUAUUAAAGAAGGAUGGUUGGUUCACUUUACAAACAAAGAUCGCACGGUGAGAAGACAUUUUUGGCGGUUAGAUACGAAGUCUAUAACGCUGUUUCAAAGUGAUCAGGGCUCAAAAUAUUAUAGGGAGAUUCCGUUAUCCGAUAUUUUGGCAAUAGAUACGGCCCGACUGAAGCAGGGCGAAAUGAUGCAUUGCUUUGAAAUUCGUUCAGCGAACAUUGACUAUUUCGUUGGUCAGGAUCCACUCUACGAUCUGCAGGAAGGUAACUCUGUCUCGCUACCGCCACCCGAUAGCGGCAUAGGGGCUUACUUGGCUAGAAGCUGGGAGACGUCGAUACGGCAAGCCCUCAUGCCAGUUACCGCAAACAAAAGAUCUGAAGAUACCAAUGAAUCUGAAGAACAUGUCACGGACAUGAGUCAAAUCUUUCAGAUAUUCCCCGACGAAGUAUUGGGUUCGGGGCAAUUCGGUAUAGUUUAUGGCGGCGUUCAUCGUAGGACGAUGCGAUCAGUCGCAAUCAAAGUGAUAGAUAAGUUACGUUUCCCAACGAAACAGGAAGCGCAAUUAAAGAACGAAGUGGCGAUACUGCAAAAUCUGUCGCAUCCGGGCGUCGUCAAUUUGGAGAAAAUGUUCGAAACUCCGGAACGCAUCUUCGUGGUGAUGGAGAAACUAAAAGGUGAUAUGUUAGAAAUGAUUUUGUCGCACGAGAAGGGAAGACUCAACGAGCGUGUCACCAAAUUCCUGAUUACACAGAUUCUAAUUGCUUUGCAACAUUUACAUAGUAAGAAUAUCGUGCACUGUGAUUUGAAACCCGAGAAUGUUUUGCUUAGUUCGGACGCGGAGUAUCCGCAGGUGAAGCUCUGCGAUUUCGGGUUCGCGAGGAUCAUCGGAGAGAAGUCGUUCAGGAGAUCGGUCGUCGGCACUCCAGCCUAUUUAGCUCCAGAAGUAUUAAGGAAUAAAGGAUACAAUAGAUCGUUGGACAUGUGGAGCGUGGGCGUCAUCGUGUACGUCAGUCUGAGUGGAACGUUUCCUUUCAAUGAAGACGAGGACAUCAACGAGCAAAUUCAGAACGCCGCCUUCAUGUAUCCAUCGAAUCCGUGGAAGGAAAUAUCCUCAGAUGCCAUCGAUUUAAUCAACAAUUUACUGCAAGUCAAACAAAGGAAACGCUACACCGUUGAUAAAUCUCUUCAGCAUAUCUGGCUUCAGGAUUAUCAUACGUGGUGUGAUUUAAGAUCUCUGGAGAAGCAAAUCGCAGUAAGAUAUUUGACGCACGAAUCCGAUGAUGCGCGCUGGGAACAUUACCGUUCCGACUGCCUCUGACCAUCCAGCAAAAGCUGGCUAAAUAAUGUUAAAAAGUGUUUGCGCACAUUGAAAACCUAGCCAAAUGAGACUUUGCUAUAAUGAUGCACCCAAAAUAAUUGCAAAUCAUUAUAGCACUGCGCGCCUGUUACUAUUUCUAUACAUUUUUAACUAAUCGCUCUCCCAAAACACGCGUUUAAGUUGGAGAAAACAUGAAUAUUUUUUUAUUAAUUAUGUUGAAGUAUUAUUUUUUUUUUAAUGUAAGACAUUAAUAAUAACAAGGCA